CCAACGCCCCCCGUUGCCCCCCCAGACGAGCCCACGCGCUCCCUGAGCGGGCUGAUCCUCAAGAACAACGUCAAGGCUCAUUUCCAGAGCUUCCCCCCGCCCGUGGCCGAGUUCAUCAAGCAGGAGUGCCUGAACCACCUGGGUGACGCCUCCUCGCUCAUCCGCGCCACCAUCGGUAUCCUGAUCACCACCAUCGCCUCCAAGGGCGAGCUGCAGAUGUGGCCGGAGCUGCUGCCCCAGCUCUGCAACCUGCUCAACUCCGAGGACUACAACACCUGCGAGGGGGCUUUUGGGGCGCUGCAGAAAAUCUGCGAGGAUUCCUCGGAGCUGCUGGACAGCGACGCCCUGAACCGGCCCCUCAACGUCAUGAUCCCCAAAUUCCUGCAGUUCUUCAAGCACUGCAGCCCCAAAAUCAGGUCCCACGCCAUCGCCUGCGUGAACCAGUUCAUCAUGGACCGGGCGCAGGCGCUGAUGGAGAACAUCGACACCUUCAUCGAGCACCUGUUUGCGCUGGCGGUGGACGAGGACCCCGAGGUGAGGAAGAACGUGUGCCGGGCGCUGGUGAUGCUGCUGGAGGUGCGCAUCGACCGCCUGAUCCCCCACAUGUACAGCAUCAUCCAGUACAUGCUGCAGAGGACGCAGGACAGUGACGAGAACGUGGCGCUGGAGGCCUGCGAGUUCUGGCUGACGCUGGCCGAGCAGCCCAUCUGCAAGGACGUGCUGACGGCACACCUGGUGCACUGCGAUACAACGACAUCACGCUGCCACGCAGUGAUGUCACACCGCUAUACGAUUUUAUGUCGCAAUAUGGUGACGUCACGUCACGAUACAACGACUUUAUGUCGUGAUACGAUGGCAUCACGUCACGAUACAACGGCAUUACGCCAUGCCGCGAUGACAUCACACCGCGAUACAGUGACGUCACGCCACCAUACAACGACAUCACACCGCGACAUGACUUCAUGUCGCGAUACAAUGACGUCGCGAUAUAAGAGCAUCGCGCCACUACGUGAUGACAUCACGCUGGUGCCCACGACGUCACGCUGCCACGCCACGACUCCGCACCGCGACGCAAAGCCUUUGCGUCGCGACGCGACGACGUCACGCCGCAAUACGACUUCACAUCGCGACGUGUCGCGAUACCCGCAGGGCGACGUGGAGGAGGACGAGGCGGUGCCGGACAGCGAGCAGGACAUCAAGCCGCGCUUCCACAAGUCGCGCACGGUGACGCUGGCGCACGAGGAGCAGCGCGGCGACGGCGACGGGGACGGCGACGACGAGGACGACGACGACACGCUGUCCGACUGGAACCUGCGGAAGUGCUCGGCGGCGGCGCUGGACGUGCUGGCCAACGUGUUCCGGGAGGAGCUGCUGCCGCACCUGCUGCCCCUGCUCAAGGAGCUGCUCUUCCACCUCGAGUGGGUGGUCAAGGAGUCGGGGAUCCUCGUGCUGGGGGCCAUCGCCGAAGGCUGCAUGCAGGGCAUGGUGCCGUACCUGCCCAAGCUGAUCCCACACCUGAUCCCACACCUGAUCCCUGAUCCUGUGUCACAGGCUGCAUGCAGGGCAUG